ACAUUUAUAUUUAUUUGUAACUGGUCUUGUUUUACGCUGUCGGUUAAUUUUCAUAUCACUCAUUUCCGUUUUGUACUACAUAUCAUUUAAUCUUCGUGUGUACCUGUUCAGCAGGUUAUUACAGCGAUCGACAGUUUGAUUGCAUCAAAAUAACGCCAGUAAUAACUGAAUAUCAGUUAAGUAGAUAAAAUAAUGCCGCUGGAUUUUCAUGCAGUCAAGAAUCAGUUUAAGCAGACAUGGCUGACUACUCUCUUGAGUCUAGUUCUUUUUGCAGGUGUAACAUACUUUCUGUUAUGGGCAGAGAGCCAUACUAUCCAAAGCAGUUUGAUGCUGGAGGAACUAGUGUCAUCAGCAGUAACCAUUGAUGUGCACACUGCCAAUGAUGCAGCACGGUAUGAAGGUAGAGUUGUGCAUGUCGUUGGGCCUCUGCGGGUGUUGGAGCCCAUAUCCGAGCCUGACUACAACAUCCAAGUCCAAGCUGUUAAGCUGAGGAAAAGGGUCCAGAUGUACCAAUGGAUUGAAGAAGCCACGGAACAAGAAAAUUUUCUUAGCGAACCAGCAGAGGAGUCACAGAAAACCUACUGGUAUCACAAAGACUGGAGAGACUUUGUGGUUGACUCCAACCUGUUCUACAUAAGGCCUGGUCAUCACAAUCCAACUUCUAUGCCGCUGUUCAGUGAGACACAUAUUGCUGAAAGUGUUAAAAUCGGCUGGUUAUCCUUAGGCGUAGAUGUAAAGAGAAAAGUGAAUGAUUACUACGAGAUCUGGUCAGACUCGCGGCCCGACCGCGCUGACAUAAAGCUGCACUCUGGCUUCUACUACCACGGCGAGAGUGCGCUCCACCACGAGGUCGGCGACCUGCGCGUGCACUUCUCCUACGCCGGCCGGGAGGACGACAUUUACACAGCCGUCGGGAUAGUGGAGAAUGGUGUGCUGCAGUCAUACAGCCCGGCGGGGUUCCCCGCCGCCGACCCCAUCUCGGUGCUCCGCAAGGGCUCGUUCAGCCUCAAGCAGCUGCACGAGCUGGAGAGCCGCGCCGCCAACGCCAACACCUGGAAGUACCGCGUGCUCGGCUUCGUGCAGGUGUUCGCGUCCGCCAUGACGCUGCACCCGGACUGGGUCACUUUGUUCUUGCAGUGGCCGUGGAUAUCGAGCAGCCUGCGCCGCUGCACCAGGGUGUGGGUCAACCUGGUGCUGUCCUUCUCGUACACGUUGCUCGUCACUUCAAUCCCAUGGUUAGUGCAUAAACCUUCUUUUGGGGCUAUAAUGCUUGGUGGAGCCAUGCUACCGAUACUACACUACUCUACUUUGCUUAAUCGCCGCCCGUAAGGUCUGCAAGCAAAGCUGAGCGAAGAAAAGCAAAUUGGUACAUGGACUUCCCAUGUUUCAGUAACUUUACAGCUAUUGCUUAAGGGCAUUGGGCCACAAGACAGCUGGUUAGGCGAAUUAAAUGUUGAAACAUAUUAUAUUUAUCAAGCCCGAGCCAUAUAGCC